AUGUCAUCUCUUCCAAAGACUAUGAAAGCCGUCUUCAUUGAGAAAACUGGUGGCACGGAAGUCUUGCAGUACAAGACUGACGUACCUGUUCCUGAGCCGAAAGAGGGCGAGGUGCUUGUCAAGAACGAGUUUAUUGGCAUUAACUACAUCGACACCUACUUCCGCUCAGGCGUCUACAAGCCUCCGCAAUUCCCUUAUAUUCUUGGCCGCGAAGGCGCUGGAACCAUUGCCUCCGUCGGACCCAAUGCACCUUCUGAUCUCAAAGCCGGCACGCGCGUAGCUUACAUGGGUCAAUCAGCAUAUGCGGAAUAUACUGCUGCACCCGCGAACUACACCAUCCCUCUCCCUGACUCAAUCUCUACCAAGACAGCCGCUGCUUCGCUUCUCCAGGCACUAACCGCUGUAACCUUGAUCCGCGAUGCGUAUGAAGUCAAGAAGGACGACUGGAUCCUCGUCACCGCUGCAGCUGGUGGUGUCGGCUUGUGGCUAUGUCAGCUGUUGAAGGCGGUUGGCGCGAGGGUCAUUGCUACAGCCAGCACAGAGGAGAAGAGAAAUCUGGCAAAGCAAAAUGGCGCAGAGGUGCUACUAGAAUAUCACGAGGAAAACCGGGAUGUCUUUGUCAAGAAGGUGCUGGAAAUUACCGGAGGCGAGGGCGUACACGCAGUUUUCGACUCAGUUGGCAAGUCCACCUUCGACAGCUCGUUAGCUGUGGUGAGGAGAAAGGGCACAAUGUGUUCGUUUGGUAACGCGUCAGGACCGGUUGAGGGUUUCGCUCUUGCUCGUUUGUCAGCAAAGAACGUCAAGCUCAUCCGCCCUACACUGUUCAACUACAUCGCUACCCGCGAAGAGCUUCAGACGGCGGCAAAGGAGUUGUGGAACUUCAUCGAAAAGGACGGACUAAAUGUCAAGAUUCAUGAUGUGUACCCAUUGAGCGAGAUUGUAAGGGCAACGAAGGAUAUCGAGGGCAGGAAGACAACUGGAAAACUGGUGUUGACACCAUGA